CACUGCAGCAGUAUGCACUGUGCAGCUACAACAACAAUCAGAGAGACUGAUUUGAUAGUUGCUUUUCUCGUUUUAGAGACUUGCUUCUCUCCUGCAAGCAAGACGUGCCACAAGUCCAACAACAUCACAGCCAACAAGCGGCCUUGUGUAACGUUUUUGGUUGGUGCUCAUAAGACGAGUGACGCUAGUCUGUGAGUAGCCCUAAUCAUACUUCAAGUUGCAAGCUGUGUUAAGCAUGGGAAAUGAAGUGUGACAACAAUGUCCAUAGCUGCGAACCUGUCAUGAAUUAUUCCCUGCUUUUGUGAUAGUAUGGAGAAUGCAUUAUCCCUUGUUAUUGUUUAUUUGACACCUGUGUCCCCCAGUUUUUGUCAAAGACAUCUCUCAGUCAUAGCUACUCAUAGGCAACACCAAUGCUCACACUGAUAAACUGAUAAUGACGGGGCAAUGGACUGGUUUUGAUCCAGCCUACAUCAUUUCGGAGCUCUGUCACACGGACACCGACAACCCCUUCCCAGUGUGGAAGAAUGGGACUUUCACUCCAUGUUUCAAUCAACUCGUCUUCGGUUCUCUUCCAUAUGCUGCUCUGGCAGUCGGCAGUGCAUGUUACCUAAGCACGUCAAGAUGUACGUAUCUUCAGAGCCAGCCGUCAUAUGGCUGGGGUUUCCGGGCAGCGUCUGCCCUGCUCAUCGCCCUCCUCUUCAUCGGAGACGUGGCGUCUGUGGCCCUCCUCCACGACCCCCACAUGUACCUGGACAUCUUGGCCGACGGCUGUGCCAUCGUCGCCUGGCUGGUGCACUUCGGAGCCGUGGUGUCCCUCCAGAAAUCGGCCUGCCGCCUCACCCGAGGGCCCCGUGUCUUGAUGGUCCUGGUGCUCCUGCUCGUCCCAAACCUGGUGGUCACCUUGAUGGCCUACCUGCAGGACAGGGACUACCUCGACCUGUUACAGGCCCUGCGCGUGUUACGUCUGGCCAUGGCGGUGGCUCGAGCGUCCUUGCUCCUCGUCUAUCUCCUGGCCUUCUGUGUCCCCUGCGUGCCCAAGUUCGGCCGUCACCGGGACCCCCUGUCCAUCAACGCCACCACGGAUGACCCCCUUUCCCCUCUGCUGCCCUCCCAGCCGGAGCAGGUCAGCUUGGGAGAGGUGGUGGCGGAGGACGGUAGCGGGUGGCUAUCAAGGUUGCUGUACCUCUGGCUGAAUCCCUUGCUGCUGCAAGGGGAGAGAGGUCUGCUGGAGAGACCAGUUGACGUCUACCAGCUGCCCAGGAAGCUACGCACCGCUACGGUUCACCAGCGCUUCCGUCAAUGCUGGGAGAGGUGCCAGAAGGAGGCAGGGUCGCCCCCACCACCUCGUGACACACUUGGAGAGAGUUUGCAGAGGUCCGGUCGAAGUCUCCAAGAUGGCUCCUGGACCGAGCCUGUGGUGGUGGUGGGAGAUGCCGGCACACAUGUGCAGGUGGACCAGGAUGUCAGCCUCCUGAGGGUCCUGCAUAAGGCCUUUGGGCUGCGUUACUACUCGCUGGGCUUGCUGAAGCUGGCCUCCAGCAUGUUGGCCUUCGCCGGUCCCCUGCUCCUCAGCGGCCUAGUGGGGUUCAUGGAGUCCCGGGACGCGCCGGUCAGGCAGGGGGUGUGGUGCGCCGUGGGGCUCUUUGCCAGUACCUUCGUGGCGGCAAUACUCCGCAAUGUUUUUGUCUUUCAGGUGUCGAAGAUCUCCCUGGAGGCGCGUGCGGCGGUGGUGUCGGCCAUCUAUGGCAAGGCCAUGCGCGUGAGUGGCGCCGCCCUGGCCCGCUUCACGCUGGGGGAGGUGGUCAACUUCAUGAGCACCGACACCGACCGGCUGGUCAACUUCUUCAACAGCUUCCACGAGGCCUGGAGCCUGCCCUUCCAGUUCGCCCUGGCCCUCUACCUGCUCUACCUACAGGUGGGUGUGGCGUUCCUGGGGGGUUUGGGGGUGGCGGUGCUGCUGGUGCCCCUCAAUAAGCUGCUGGCUUCCCGCAUCCUGGAGAAUAACACACACAUGCUGGAACAUAAGGACAGCCGAGUCAAACUGAUGACGGAGGUGCUGUUUGGCAUCCGCGUGCUCAAGUUCUACAGCUGGGAGCCGCACUUCACCCAGAGGAUAAACGCCUGUCGCCAGAGGGAGCUGACGCACCUGAAGGCCCUGAAGUACCUGGACGCCGUGUGCGUCUACACCUGGGCGGCCCUACCCGUGGUCAUCUCCAUCCUCACCUUCAUCACCUACGUGCUGCUGGGGAACGAACUGACUGCAGCCAAAGUGUUCACCACCCUGGCCCUGGUGGGGAUGCUGAUCCUGCCUCUGAAUGCCUUCCCCUGGGUCCUCAACGGCACCCUGGAGGCCAAGGUCUCCCUGGACCGCAUCCAGCGCUUCCUCCGGCUACACAACCAGGACCUCAAUGCCUACUACAACAAAAAUGCUCCAGAGGACCCGGUCUCUGUCCUGGAGCUGUGGCAGGCCUGUUUCUCUUGGCAGACGUCAGACCCGGACAGCCCAGCUCAGCCAUCAGAUGAGGAGGCCAGCAGUAGAGGUAGCGGUAGCGGUAGUGGUAGUGGCACUAGGCCUACCACCGGAAGCCUGCCUCUCACCAGCCUCAACCUCAACAUACAGCAGGGCCGGUUGGUGGCUGUGGUGGGGAAGGUCGGUUGUGGCAAGAGCUCCCUACUGGCGGCCAUCACUGGAGAACUUCAGAGGCUGGGAGGGUCUGUGUAUGUGGCCGGUAGGAGCGAGGGCUUUGGCCUGGCCGCCCAGGAGCCCUGGAUACAGCACUCCACCGUCAGGGACAACAUCCUGUUUGGACGACACUACGACAGCACCUUCUAUCAGGCUGUCAUCGAGGCCUGUGCCCUGAGCGAUGAUCUCAAUAUGUUACCAAAUGGAGACCGGACGGAGGUGGGAGAGAGCGGAGUCACCCUUAGCGGGGGACAGAAGAGUCGUCUAGCCCUGGCCAGGGCUGUUUACAUGGACAAGGACAUUUACCUGCUGGAUGAUCCCUUGGCUGCUGUGGACUCUGAUGUCGCCCAUCACCUGAUGGAGAGAUGCAUUCUGGGUAUCCUCAGCUCCAAGACCAGAAUCCUUUGCACUCACCGCAUAGAGUUCCUGGACAGGGCCGACAUGGUGGUCCUUAUGGACAAUGGGACAAUCAUUAAGACGGGAUCGCCCAGUGAGAUUCUCCCCUUGGUGGAAGCAGAGCCAAAAGAUCGAAAGAAUGACAAGAACAAAAAAGAGAAGGAUGUUCAAGGCCACGAAGGGGAGGAACAGGACACGGCCAAUGAGAUUGCUCUGGAGGAGGAACCUGACGACUCGGGGGAGGAGCAAAAGAAAGUGGGCGGCCUUGAUUGGUCAGUCUACAGAGCCUACUGGAAGGCAGUGGGCGGCGUCAUGGCAACAUCCAUCCUUCUCUCUCUGCUGCUCAUGCAAGCAUCUAAGAAUGUAUCUGAAUGGUGGCUGUCCCAUUGGAUAUCCCAUCUGAAGGACAACUCCACUGACAAUACUCCUGCUGCUGCUGAUGUCAACAUCCCGCCUCCUCCUCCUCCUCACUACUCCCCAAUGCUGCUCCUCAUAUACCCAGGCGGCCUCACGUCACCGGUGUCACUGAGGGAGACAUGGUGGUCGACGUCGUCAUCGCUGGGCGCCAACAUCAGCGCCGAACUGAAGUUCUACAUGACGGUGUACGGUUCCCUGGCCGGUGCCAACACCCUCUUCACGGCCGCACGUUCCUUCCUGUUCGCCUACGGAGCCAUCUGUGCCGCCCGCGUCGCCCACCGCAGGCUCCUCCACAGGGUGCUCAAGGCCACCAUGUCCUUCUUCGACACCACCCCUGUGGGACGCGUCCUCAACCGCUUCUCCUCGGACGUCUACACGGUGGACGACUCUUUGCCCUUCGUGCUCAACAUCCUGCUGGCCAACGUCUUCGGCCUCCUGGGCAUGCUGAUUGUCAUGGCCUACGGCCUGCCCUGGCUGCUGCUCCCCUUGCUGCCACUAGGGGUGCUCUACUACCGAACGCAGCGCUUCUACAGGCACAGCUCCAGAGAGUUGAAGCGCUUUUGUAGCGUCAUGCUGUCGCCCAUCUACUCGCACUUCUCCGAGACGCUGGCUGGGCUCGGCACGGUGAGGGCGAGUGGAAACGCUGCUAGGUUUGAGGAGGAGAACGAGGCGCGUCUGGAGCAGUACCAGCGGUGUGUGUUUGUGAGCAACGCGGCCAUGCAGUGGCUUGACAUCCGCCUCCAGAUGAUCGGGGUCGUCGUGGUUACCGGCAUCAGCAUUAUCGCCGUCAUACAGCACCACUUCAGCUCCGUAGACCCCGGUCUGGUGGGCCUGUCUCUGUCGUACGCCCUGUCCAUCACCAACCUGCUGUCGGGCCUGAUCUUCAGCUUCGCCCAGACGGAGAUGCAGAUGGUCAGCGUGGAGCGAUUGGAGGAGUACAGCACCAGCGUGCCCAUCGAGCCGCAAGAGGGACGCCGACAGGUUCCCCCCUCGUGGCCUCAGCACGGCUGCGUGGAGUUCCGCGGGGCGGUGCUCUCCUACCGGCCGGGCCUUCCCAACGCCCUGGACGGGGUGAGCAUGGAGCUGCGGCCCGGGGAGAGGGUGGGCAUUGUGGGCCGCACGGGCUCGGGCAAGUCCACCCUGUUCCUGGCCCUGUUCCGCAUGGCCGAGCUCAGCCAGGGCUGCAUCCUGCUGGACGGGGUGGACAUCGCACAGGUCGCGCUCUCUCAGCUCCGGUCCAAGAUGGCGGUGAUCCCCCAGGACCCCUUCCUAUUCUCCGGCUCGGUGCGGGACAACCUGGACCCCUGCGGACGACACUCGGACCAGCGACUCACCGACGCCCUGCAGCAAUGCCACCUGGAGGAGGCGGUCAGGAGGAUGGGGGGCCUGGCAGCGGAGGUGGGGGAGAAAGGGAAGUGCCUGUCAGUGGGUCAGAGGCAGCUGCUCUGUCUGGCACGGGCCUUGCUGACCGAAGCUACCGUGCUGUGCAUUGACGAGGCCACGGCCAGCGUGGACCAGAAGACAGACGUGCUCCUGCAGCGGACCAUCAGGGAGACCUUCAAGGGCAAGACGGUGCUGACCAUCGCCCACAGGCUCAACACCAUCAUGGACUCGGACAGGGUGCUGGUGAUGCAUGCUGGGAAGGUGGUGGAGUUUGACAGCCCCGCCGCCCUCUCCCAGCAGGACGACUCGUUCUUCCACAGGCUGCUCGAAGGAAGAGGAGCAUGAUGACAUGGCAUGAAGGCAAAACUCAGUAUUGCCAGACUGGGCGGUCACCCGCCCAAUUGGGCUACUUGGGAUAGCCGUCUGCGGGUAAAAACGGGAAAAAUUGGCUAUUUGAUCAGGCACAUCUGGCAACACUGGCAAAACUCAUAACAGGGCCUGGACUUGGAACGAAGAAGCAGCCUGGGCAUUUUUGGCAUAGACCAGCCUCUCACUCAGCCCCCUGAUUUUCUUUCUUUUUUACCUUUUUCUUUUUUUGGGGACGUUGCUGGCGGGAGAGGAGGGCCUGAGCUGGAGCGAAAUGGCCGGUCGGGGUGCCUCUCCAGGCGGGUCGCGUUUGUCGCCAAUGGGUCGGCGCGCUCUGCUUUUCUACGAUUUUAUCAUUAGCACAGUCCACUGUCGGUGCUAAAAAGAUGGACCAAUGGGCUGCACCAUCUAAAUUGAGGGUUGAUCUCUAAUUAAAAUAAACAAAGAAAAACGAGAGCAUAAUUGUCGGACCACGGGGGAAACGCCCUUAAUGUCAGAUCACCAGUCCAGCCCAGACUCAUAGUGUGGCUACCAUGGACCAUGGCCUGUAAAAAAACAACAACAAAAAACACCUAAAUAGAUUAGGCCAAUGUUUUUUUUUAUAUAUAUAUACCACUACAUAUGAAGGCCAACGUGAUAAUGACUACUACGGACAAAUACUACAGACUGUAAAAACUGACCUAAAUACAUUAGGUCAAUGUUUUUUUUUUUUUUUUAAUGGCUACUACACAUGAAGUAACUGAAAAUAAAAUAAAGGUGUGUGCCAACACAUGUGUGCCAUUAAAUAUUUGGGAGCAUUUUACAGUGUUGCGGACCUUUAUUUUCUUUUCAGUUAUCUUACGUUUGGUCCAGCACCUGUGCUACUGAUGUGCGCACAUUCUUUGACUUACUACACAUGAAUGCCAAACAAAUGAUGACUUAUUUGGUCCAUUACUACCGACUGUAUAACAACGACCUUAAUAGAUUACCAGUAGGUCAGUGUGUUUUAAAAUGGCCACUACACAUGAAGGAGCAUGAAGGCCAAACUAUAGUUACAGUAGAUUUUCCAAACACUGAUACUGAUACGGUAGCAAAUGAUACUGUAUAGAGGAGUGUUAAAGUUGAAUGUGUGUUGAAUAAAGUGAAUGCAAUGUAAGUUUUGAAUGAGUAUCAAAUUCAACAACGAUUUACAACAACGAUUCUUCUGUGGAGUGUAUUUCACCCUACUCUUUUAACACUGCAGAAUUUACCGUAUACAUGGACUACUACUGUGGUCUGUAAAAUAACGACCUACAUUUGAUUAGGUCAGUGUUUUUUUUCGUUUUUUAUUUUAUUUUUUUAUUUUUUUUAUUGCAUCUAAAAUGGCUGUAAACUGUUCUGAUGUACCUUACAAGUUACAGUUGAUCACAUCAUAGUUUUGCUAUUGUUUAGGGUAAAUGUGUGGACCUAUUUUACUACACAGGGAAGCUGACAGGAAGGGACAAAAAGGGUCAGUUGUCGCCCGGGGCCCAGAAUUAGGUCCUGAUGACAUUGUGUUACGUAUCGGGUGGUGGGGCCUCUUAGAUGACAUUAUCCCGGGCCUGGCCAAAGGGGUCAACGGCCCUGCACUACAGCCCUAAUAGCCAGAUAAGCAAACUUCAAUAUUGCUGGGCAAAUUGCAUGGCAAUUGAAAUGCGCAGAAAACUAAAAGGAGGUUACACUGCACAAUACAAAAAUGUAUUCAAUAAUGUCAUCAAUAGCCUAAGUCAAAGAUACAGUUCGUAGUCCCUUUCAUACCUUCAUGAACAUCAUUUGUACGACUGUGCGCAUCUUGUUUCUAUGUGUAAAAUGAUUGUCCGUGACAUGGGUCCCAUUACACUGGUUACGAACAAAUGUCCUCCAUGUCAUGGUACCUACAUAAAGACAAUCAAGACCUACUCAGGGAUGAAGAUUUUUUUUGCUAUUGAAGAUGUUUCUGUUAUGCCGCCAUGUUGCCAUCAAUUCUGUUGAUACAAUUAUGUUGUCACAAGUAAAGAUGGGUCAUUGUUUUGAAGA